UAACAAAAGACUAAUGCCCAGAAAUCCUAAAGAGACCCUUAUAUCUGCCACUGUUUGAACACACCGAACACACUCAUUUUUUAUAAGAAGCAAAGUUGGACGUUGAGCACUCCGAUUUUUUAACGCUUAGGAAAUUCCAAUACUCAUUAUUUUUAGGAGUCUCGUAAUCACAAAGUCAUUAAUUUUAACAUUGGGGUUGCCAUAUUCAAUGUUCAUGCCUGGAAAUUUUCCAACAGAACCUUGUUGGGGAGAAUUUUCGCAGCUGUUAUAAAGACAAUUGUCUAUGUUUCUAUUGUAUUCAAAUUCUCUUGAAAUUUCUGUCAAGAGAUUCGCUGCCUUUCUAAUGAUAUCUAAAUUUUCAUUGGACACUCUCUUAUACACUUUUUUAUACGAACCCGAAAAUUCUGAAGUUCCGGCUGGCUGUUUUUAGCUUUCUUCGAAUAUCUGCGGCUGGGUUGUUCUUAAUUUGUUCUUAAAUGAUUAGGGUGUGCAAAUGCUAGAUAUUGCCCUCUAGGGAGGUCUUAGGUCUCGUUUGCUAACAAUGUGAUUGAGACAUUCUUUAUUUGUCCAAAAAGUUUAUAAAAAAACCACCCCUAGAUGGGAAAAAACUCUUAGUUUUUUAGACAAAACAUUGUUCGAAUUAAAUUUCACAAUUGCUCUGCCUCAGCUUGUUCUUAAUUUGUUCUUAACUUUUGACCAAUUCCUUUUAAAAUUGUUCUUGUAAAAAAGUGUAGCUUAUUUUGUAUAAAAUCUGAGUGGCAUUGAGUUAUAGUAAAUACACUCUUUUUUAAUAAGAACCAGUAAAUUUAAGUUCAGGCUGACUGUUCUUAAUUUUCUCGAAAAUCUGAUGCUGCAUUGUUCUUAAUUCCUUUAAUAAUAUCGACAAUUGCAACUUUCUCUAAAUACUUAACACAAUUUAGAGAAAGCAUCAGAGAAGCCGCAUUACAUUUUUAUACCAGUGCCGUAACUUUACCUUGUAAUGCCACACAGUACGACGUAGAGACUGUGCUAAAGCGAGAAUAUUCUCAAAUUCUCAUCACAGGAAAAACUUUAUUGGCCAAUGACUUAGUUGAAUAUUUUGUUGGUCAACAGAGGUCUGAGUGCACUGCACCAGUAGUCCCUAUCUUGGUACAUAACCUGAACAUGAAACAUAAUAUUUCUCUCAAUUUCUAUUUUUCUUGAAAUUUUUCGCAUGUGCUUCAACAUUUUUGCCCCCCCCCCUUUGACUGCAAUGCCCUUUACCUUUGCGUAGUCUGCAACUCUGGUGUCUAGUCUGCUUAAUGCCCUGUGCAGGGACGCUGGAACGACCAAGGGGCAAGGGGUCGGGCUUGGGGAAAAGGGCAUUUGAAAAAAUUAAUUCUCCAGCUACCAAAAAUUCUCUCAUAACUGUUAUUUUGCAUCGAUCCUCUGUCGGUAUCUUAAAAAUCGGCUAAAUUUUGGCAUAAGAAAUUUCUUCCCAAGUUUCGAUAUAUGUCGUUAUAAAUAAGGCACAACAGUCAGGAUUUCGUAUGAAACUCAUUGAUUUUCUACAAAAGGCUGGCAUUAAGGGCACUUCUUUGUAAAGGGCACUUUAGCCACCCUUUCCCCUGAUCACUUUAGCCCCCAUCCAAAGGCAACAGGGGCGGUUGAGCCCCGCCCCCCUCUCCGGCGUCCCUUGCCCUGUGCUUAAGCAAAAAUAGUAAAUAUUGACUUAACAGUUAUACCUGUUAAAAUUUCUUCUAAGGUUACGCUUGUUGCCCGCAGCUUCUACUGGGAUUACUGUCGCCUCUGGUUCCUGUCACAGUUCUUCUGUCUGCUUCCUGCUACUUGCUGCUAGCUGCUAGUCACAUUGGAGGGAUGUUAUGAUAUUAUUAUUGCUGCUGACUGAAGAAGUUUCAAACAAAAAACGGGCUAAUAUUUUGACAAAAUGAGCGUUUCCUUCUUCGCAUCACGAAUUUUGAAACGGAACCUUUUCGCUGGGUCGCGCUUGAGAAUCCCACAGUUUGUAUGGAACUGGCGAUCGAUAUCAACUCCACAGAAGCUGCAUAUAAGAUCGCUGUUGAACGUUGCCUCGCCUAUCGGAUUGCUUUUUUCCACUGCGAUUACUGUUGCUGUAGCCGAGGAAGACCACCAACAGAAAAGGAAAACUAAACAUUCAGAGGCAAAUGUCUGGGCCACCAAACGAUUACAGUCAGACAUAUGUCACAUUGUUCCAGCUAUAUCUGAAGUUCUGCUAGACAUUGUGGAUAUCCUUGAAGAUGCAUGCGACCAAUACAUUGAAUCAAUAAAUGAAGAGUUACAAAAUUUGGAAACCAGCCUACAAAGGUACAGCUCAACUAUGUCGUUAAAUGUUAACGAGGAAGAGCUGCAGAGCUUAGACAAAAUUAAUAAUUUCACGAAGGAGAUAGAGCUGCAGAGAACAAAUUUCCAAAACACAUACCGAAAUUGCCAUGAAAUGCUUACAAGUUUAGAUAGAUUUGGGACAUCAACAAGAAACAUAUUUACUGUUAUUCACAUCUUCGAAACAAGCUAUCAUCUUCCAGGUGGCAGUUCAUGCCUAGGUACACUACAAACGGAGAUAAAGGAAGUGAUUCAGAUGCUACAGAGCAUGGAAUUAAAGGUGCGUCAAACAGAGGGCAGAUUGGCUAUGGCACAGAAGCAUUUUGAUGCAAGAAGACGAAGAGCUGGGGAUGGGAAAAGAAAGCUGCUUUAAUUCGAUUUCACAUAAUUGUGAUUUGGUGCUUGUAAUCAUUAAAAUGGCUCGCAGUCCAAAUGGAAUAAGGCACAGAAUAAAGAAACGAAGCAAUGUUUGUAAUUAGUUACGUAUAACAGAUCUAACUGAUAUAACAGAUCAUUAUUCUAAAAGUAAAUCUCUUUAAACAUGUAGUCAGAAGCAAAUGAA